ACCCCGCCUCUCGCCCGUAGUCAGCUGGGAUAGGCUCCAGCUCCCCCGCGACCCUGACGGAUAAGCGGUAUAGAAAAUGGAUGGAUGGAUAUUUUGUUUGCCUUUGGUCUCUACUUUUCCGUCUCUCUUCUUCAGGCUACACCAGUAAGUAUGACUAGUUAAAUGCAUGAGAUUGAAUAUUUCCAUUAUGGCAGGGAGGAGCAGUAAUUUGAAGGAUCUUAAACUAAAUGCAGGCUAUAUGUUAUUAAACUUACAGUCCUCCGUCACCUCAGUUCCAGCACCACCUCUCUGAUGACCUGUUGACUUCACAACCCUCUGUGUAUAUUAGCUACUGGCACUAGAUGAUCGGUGAAAAGUACUGCCUUGUCCUCAUCUGAACUUAAAAAACAUACAUCAGAGGAAGUGAGGAUGAAAAGUUAGUGUGAGAAAAGGCACAUGUGGCAUGCAAGUGAAACUCUGAAGGCUGCUGCCACUUGGAGUAGUUAUGCAAAGUUGAACAAACCAACAUAAACACUGUCGGUCCAAUUAUACGAAAAAAAAUGUUAGAAUAAAAGAGUUGGGAGCCACUGUUCUAUUACAAGACUGUGAAUGGAUGCAGAAAGCAGUCAAAGGAUUUGUUUGUUUUACAUUUCAUGCUUCCCGGAAGGCCUUUUCCUGUUUUGAUGGGCACAGGUGACCCCAGUUUCCCAGCCCUGUCAUUACACACAUUAUUCCGUUCUGCCCACCGUGACACAUCUGCCACAGCUGGACACAAUUACAGCUUCUGUAUGCACUUUGACAUCCCGGAGGAUAAAUAUAGCCUACUUAGGGGAUCCAGGGAAAUGUCUGGUUAAAUUUGUGAAUUAUUAUUUUCAAACUAAUCACAGUAUGAACCGAAACAGGCCCUACCUUCCAAAAAUAUGCUCACAUUUCUAAAUGUUUAAUUACCAUCAAUGAAAGUGUCCAUUUCAUCGUGCUGUUGUUGCCUGUUUCAGUUGUUGCCGUCAAUUACCGAGCACCCUAACCACAGGUGACGUAAGCAAAUUCCAGAAAUGCUGUGUUUUGUUAUCAGCUGUCAUACUUUAAAAAAUUUGACUCUUCUAUCUUACCUAUAAAGCACUUUCAUAUUGUCUUUGCUAAGUUAAUAAGUCAUUCAUACUGUAGGUAAUCAAGUAGGAAGUUGUUCUUUUUCAGAUUCGUUUCCAUUACACUUUUGAGUCAUAUGAAAUCCGAAGUCAGCAGCUGAAUUUAAGAAUGAAAAAGUAGAAGUUGUGGUUUAUGUUUUCGACCGGCUCUUGCCCGGUCCACUCACAAAGCAGUGAGUCACAGACUUGGUAGGAAGUGGCAGGCUGUAUUUUCUUCCCUGACGUCUGUGCUGUGGUCAUUUGUGUUUGCAUCUCUGUUGAAUCUUUCACUGUGGACUGUGCUUGAUUGUUUCUGGAAGGGAACAAUAAUGAUCAUAAUGUGUUGGCAAGAGCAAUAACAGGAAGUUUGGACUGCCGAAGAGACAUUAUUACCGGAACGCAAUAAUAGGGUGUUACUCUUGUUAUUUUGGGAUUUCCUGCUAGUUAAUCUUCUCUAUUUGUGUAUGGAUGUUGGGAUGCCUCUACAGAAGAGGAUGCAGAAGACAGAGCAGAGUUCGUGUACAGAGGACCGAAUCCAGCAUGUCCUUGAACGUUGCCUCUGUGACCUCGGUCUUGACACUCCUGACAAACAACUCUGGAACGCCGGCUUGUGCAUAAACCGCUGGUGUUUGGAGGAACUUGUGAAGAGAGAUCCCCACAACUUCCUCAUCCUUCUACAGAAAAUACUGAGGAAAACAAAACAGGUACUAGAGCAAAGUCUGUAUGAACUGGUGGUGCCCCUCACGCUCUUGUUCUCUUCAACCCUCCUAAAAGCUCCUCGUGUGGCUCCAGACUGCGGCAUCCUGCAGGAGGCCUACCUGUUGUUCCAUAGUUUCCUGGCCUGGCCUGAGCCGUGUUCCUCUGCCAGUAAACGCCUGCUGAAUAUCAUCCAGCAGGAGCUCAGAGCCCCAGGUAUUUCAUUUCAGAGACUGGUAAGAACUGAGCAGGGUGUUUCCCCUGACACUCACAGCUCUAAAACCAUUACAGUGCUGUUAGUGAGCCCAGAUGAGGACGUCCCUCCAGAGGUCCAGUCUGUCUCCGAACAGCUGAGUAGCACUCAGCACUCCAGCAGAGACGUCACUAUCAUCCUCAUCCUUCACAGCUUACAGGCUGCUCUGGGCACCAAACACGACCUUCAGGCACUCCACACAGCCCUGCUGGCAAAGCGGCCUGAGGAGCUGAAGCAGCUCAUGGAGGCAGUGACGGACAGCAUGGAGACAGCAGCCUCUACAGCAGAUCUCAGCACAGCUAGACAAGGUCUGCUACACAGCAUGGAGAGGCUCAGAGCAAGCCUUGCUGCUCCUGCUCCUGCUCCUGCUGAUUGUUGCCAGGAUACUGGGACUGUUGAGACUUUGAUGCUCCCCUUCCCCAAAUGUCACACGUGCUCCUGGGAAAACGAUACCUUUGAUUUUCUGAAUCACAUUCUCACAGGCCAGUCCGACCUGGACUCAUUUGCAGACUGUUUCCUGAAAAUAGAAAUAGACGAGGAUGAUAAUAAUGACAUCAGUGUGGACGAGGAGGAACAUGAGUUUCAAAACCAUCGUAUCUCCACUGCCUCUUCUUCCCCGACGGAGUUCAGCUACUCCCUGUCUUCCAGCUGGUCUGCAUUCUCUACGCCAUCUGGCUCAUCAGGUGUGGAAAGUGACUUUAGCGAGGAGACAACACAGGAGGACACGGAGGAAGGACAAGAUAGCCAACCAAGGCUUCGAAGAAAACCCAAAAAGAAGUCCAGAUCCCUCCUAGGCAUUGAACGCUUGUCCUUGCUUUUUAAGAAUCCCCGCAGCCCAAACAUUUGCCGCCGUGCCCAGAGUAUGGCCUUCCGGGCGGAUUUUAGCAAAGACUUUCAAAAAACUGGGGCACAGUUCAAACCUUCCAGGUCCACAUGCAAACAAGUUCAUCCUCUGCAUGGGUCCACUGCCGCCCUGGAUCCUCUUUCCCCCAAGAAGCAUAUGUGUGUCCGCAGGAGGCCGAUCCUGAGCUGCAAUGAAGGUGAUGUGGCAGAAGUACCUACUACCCUGGUCAAAGUGGUGGUCUUUGGAGGUGACCGAGAGGCUGGCAGGCUGGCCAGGGCAUACAGCGACCUGCAGCAGAAAGAGAGCAAAUGUCCACGACUGACCAAGAUAUGUAAACUGCAGUUUUACUUUGUUCCCACCAAAAGGAAAACAAUAGGAAGCUUACAGACUGAAGGGCAGAUAGGAAGUUCAACCAAAGCUGCAGCUCCUGGGGAGUCCAAUGGCAGCAUACUGGAGGACAGUACAACUGACAUAGCACAGAUGUUGGGUGUGAUCGACCCCUGGUACGAGAGGAAUGUCCUCAAUCUGCUCAGCCUGUCCUCUCAUGUCCUUUGCCAGGCUGCCUGUAAGGAAGGUGAUGAUGUUCCGGUGAGCGGUGGCAGCACGGAGAGUCUGUCUCUGCUGGCUGACUUAGUGCUUUAUUACUGUAGACAUGCGGACCAACCUGUUCUGGUGCAGCUCUACCAGGCUGAGCUGACCCUGGCUGGAGGAGAGAGGAGAAGGGAAGUGUUUAUUCACUCUCUGGAGCUCGGACACACUGCUGGAAUCAGAGCUGUUAAGGCCAUGGGUGCUGCCAGCAAAAGGUUCGGGAUUGAUAAAGAAAGGGAGGCUGUCCCCUUAACUCUGAGUGUUGCCUACAACAAGGUGGCUGUGAGUGGGAGGAGUCAGUGGAUCCAGACAGACAUGGUUUGCACAUCAAUAAAUCUGUACAAAUCCUGCAAGACACCUGAACAGCUAGAUUCCAGAAUAGAAAGUCUACAGCUGACAAUGACAGAAGUCCUGAAGAGGCAGUGCUCCAAGGCAAAAAGGGGCUACAACCAGCACAUCUCUGUAUCAGAGGUGAAGGUGGACAAGGUGCAGGUGAACGGUGGAGAAGAUGGAACAACUUUUGCCGUGUGUCUGGAUCAGGAUGAGAAGAAGUUCAUUCAAAGUGUCACCAGGUGUGAGGUGUCUCUGUGCUGUAAACCAGGAAGCAGUUCAGACUGGAGGACCUAUAAGCCCUCACCUGGUCAAGUCCAGCCUCUACACCCAUCCUACUGCUCUUUGCUCUGUCUUCCUAUUACUUCUUUCUCUGCCUUAUAUACUUGACAGACUUUUUGCUACAGUGUAGAAAUCCAUAGAGGCGAUUUGUAAUUUACACAGGAAUGCUUAAAUCAAAGCCAUGUGGCAUGCAGAGUGUAAAUUAAAUUAAAACAAAGACAGAAAAGUUGCACAGCACUAUGGGAGACUGUGUAUUUCAGGUUUGUCUGGUGGCUAAUGUCAAAGUGUGUCAUUCUGUUAUUAGGAGGAGGAGUUUACAUGAUUGCUUUGUGGCUUUCUACUGUUGUUACACCUCUUUGAUUACUGCAGUCGCUGGAAGAGCUUGUUUUAGCAACACUGAAAAAAAGUGAAUGUCAAUGCUUUAUCUGUGAGCACUUGAAUACAUUUUGGAAAAACAGAGUUUUACAAGUGAGCUUUAGCUGAAAUGGUCAUGCAGUAAGAAUGUGUAUUAACUGAUGUCAAUGUUCUGGUUCGGAGGAUUUCAUAGAGUCUCAAAGGGAUGUUGCUUAUCAGUUAUGUCAAUAUUCUGCUGUCAGGAGCGUAAAACUGAUGACUUGAUUACUAUUGUGUACGUGCCAUUGAUCCAUGACUGAGAUAAAAAAAAAUUUUUGAAAAUACAUAGUAAAAUAAGCUAUUUAUUUUAAAGUGACAGUGCUGAAAAAAUGUUUCUUAUUACAUUUUAUAUGUCACACACUUGGCAAUAAAAU